GUGGUGGUAAUGCACCUAUUUACGUUGGUUGCCGGCCACCGUUAAAAACCAAGAAGAAGAAGAAGAAGUUACGAAUAUCUGGCAACUCGUAAAGCGAUCCAUGAACAUAUGCGGUAGUAGGAAGUGGUGAGGAGAGAACGCCAGUGCGGGCGGUUAAAGGGGGCUGCAGGAUAUUUUAAUAUCCUUCAGAAUAAAUCGUCUUGAUAGCACAUCUCCAUAUAUCACUGCUGUUGGAGCUAAACUCUGCAGGAAAGUGGACCUCGGGGACCAGAGUUGAGAACCCCUGUAUUAAACAGUGAGACAGUUGUUAUACUUUGUUAUUGGUGUAAACAGAAAGAUGUCACCAGAUGAAUUAGUCUACCUAGGAAUCCUUGCUGCAUCAAUACCUGUAGGAUUCCUCUUCCGCUACCUAAGUCCUCCAGUCAAGCAGGGGGCAGCAUUGCUGUUAGGUUUGAUCAUCGCCAUAGCAACCUGUGGGCUCCACACUCUACACUCUCUAUUUACAGUGUUAGGAACAUGGCUGAUUAUAAAGAUCAACUGGCGAAGUGCCCCUGCUCUGUCUUUGGGUUGGACGUUUCUGUACCUCUUCUUUUUCCGUCUGGUCACCUGGUUUGGCCUUCCUCAACCAACACCUUUUGCCAAUGCCAUUCAACUUCUUUUAACUUUGAAGAUGGUCAGUUUAGCCAAUGAGAUUAAAAGUUAUCACUUGGAGAAGAAAAAGGAAGUGAGCACCUUCACCAAAUCCCCAGUGGUGGGAGUACUUUCCCAUGAGCCUUCACUUUAUGACAUUAUAUCAUACAGCUACUGCUAUGUGGGCAUAAUGACAGGUCCCUUCUUCCGUUAUCAGACGUAUGCAGACUGGUUGCAGCAGUCCAAUCCUCUGUCAUUGCCAGGUAAAGAGCCCUGCCUGCAGAGCCUGAAGAUGGUGCCCGUUUACGGAGCUCUCUUCAUAGCCGUCAACUCCGUCUUUCCCUUGUCCUAUGUCCGUACUGAUGAAUUCCUGGACCACAACUAUUUUUACAGGUUUUUCUACAUGGUGGCGAUUUUCUUUGUGUUCCGGAUGCGUUUCUACUCUGCGUGGUGUGGGGCAGAGGCUGGCUGCAUCAGUGCGGGUCUAGGCUGUUACCCCCAGGGGGCGCUGUCCAAACCUGGAGGAGGGCCAACGGUGAAAUAUAGUCCUGAUCCAGACACAGCUGUGGAGUAUGACUUUAAAACGAUCCAGAACAUUGACUGUUAUAACACAGAUUUCUGUGUAAAGGUUCGGCAUGGCAUGCGCCACUGGAACAUGACUGUGCAGUGGUGGCUUCACCACUACAUCUACCCCAAUGCUCCUUUCAGAGCGUAUGCUCUCAGGGCUGGAUGGACUAUGCUAAUCAGUGCUUAUUGGCAUGGCCUCCAUUCUGGUUACUACCUCUCUUUUCUCACUAUCCCACUGUGUAUCGCAGCAGAAUCGGCCAUGGAGGCAUCAGUCAGAGCCCGUCUAGGGCCGAAGGGCCAGAAUAUCUUCGACUGGAUCCACUGGUUCCUUAAGAUGAGGGCUUACGACUACAUGUGCAUGGGUUUUGUUCUCCUGAAGGCCAGCGACACCAUCAACUACUGGAGCUCCAUAUACUUCAUAAUUCACAUCAUCGCUGUUGCUUGUAUAGCAUUAGGACAAGUGAUGAAAGGAGGUAAAAAGAGAGAGAGAAGGGAAGGAGAGAAAGAGGAUGUGGUAAGAGAUAAGGCUGAGUGAAAAGAAUGCGAUGUUCAUGCUGAUAACCGGAGAGUUGGUAUGUUUACAAAA